GAAAAACCAAAAUGGGCUCUGAAACCACUCUCAGGCUUCCUAUUAUAGAUUUCUCCAAGGUAGAACAAAAGCCGGGCAAUCUUGAAUGGGAUUUGGUUAGAGUCCAAGUUCAUGAAGCCCUCCAGGAAUUUGGUUGCUUUGAAGCAUUGUUCGACAAAUUUCCCAGUGAACUCCGAAAAUCGAUAUUUGAUGCAUCGGAAGAGCUUUUCAAUCUCCCUUUACAAACCAAGAUGAAAAACUCCUCCCAGAAGCCCUUUCGUGGCUACAUCGCGCCACCUCCGAUGAUGUCACUCUAUGAGAGCAUGGGUAUUGAGGAUCCAACCCUCCUGGAAAAAACUGAAAGCUUCACCAAUCUGAUGUGGCCUGAAGGGAACAAUGUUUUCAGACUUGUAGUUGUUGUUGGAUCAAAGAGAUAA